CACGUGGAUGCCGCACAAAGCCGCGGUAGCAGCGCAAGUGUCAGUCAAGACAAGUCGCUGCCUGUGGCUCGCCUCAUCGCAUGCUCUUCACUACCUGUGUGAAUACUGAACAGUGUUCUGUGUGUGUAUAGAUGGUGGUUCCUGCCUUUGUGAAUUAACAGUGCUGCUCUGCUUCUAACUGAAUCACGAUGGACCCACCAGACGAAGACCCGAGCGACAAUGAUCAGAGGCCGGCAUUAGAUGAUUUGGUUCCUAGGAAUUACCAACUUGAGAUGCUUGAAGCGGUGCUCAGGGAGAAUUCGAUUGUUUACUUGCCAACUGGGGCAGGAAAAACAUUCAUCGCGUACCUGGCCAUGAAGCACUUCUCGGAUAAACUAGACAUGCCUAUUUCUGCUGGUGGUAAGCGAAUUUUCUUCGUUGCUUCAAUGGUUGCUCUGGUAAUUCAGCAGUACAACGUGAUUCAACGACAGUCACCGUUCACCGUUGGCAUGUUCAAUGGCGCCAUGAAUGUGGACAGUUGGACAAAGGAGCAUUGGCUCGAACAACUUGAAUCAAACGAGAUUUUAGUGAUGAGCACUCAAAUCCUCUUGAAUAUUAUGGACAAGGGCUACAUGAAAAUGAGUAACAUUAGUCUCUUGGUCAUCGAUGAGUGCCACCAUGCAACCAAAGGCCACCCAAUGAGCCAGCUCAUGAAAUACCACUACAACGAAAAUGAUGCAGAUAUGCCGCGAAUAAUGGGACUUACUGCCACUUUGACUAAAACUUGCGUGAGUGACGAGAGCGCUCUGAACAUGCGCUUGCAAGAAUUGGAAUUAAAUCUUCAUUCGAAGAUCGUGAAACACGACAACGAUGAUGACUUGAAAGGCCUCUAUGCAAACCCUGAUAUUCGUGUGUACCAAUCUCCUGCCUCUGAUGCGGCAGCUGAAGAAAGGGCUAAAAAGAUAGAGAAGAUCUUGACAAAUGUGCCUUUCUUACUUCAGAACAAAGAAGGAUUAGACUUGUUUAGCUUGGAAAUUCAAAAAGAAUACAAGGAACUGGGAUAUUUGCUCACAAAAAAAGGCGGUAUCAACCAUGACCUGCAACUAGUAAUUUUGGACAUUUUGCACCAUUUGAAUAAUUUGGAUGUUUUUCCAGCAAAGCUUGCACUGAAAUACCACCUGGCCAGAUUGAAAGUUUUGAGGAAGACAGUGGACGGUAAAAAAUUCGAGUUAUUGAACAAAAUGCUGGAACAUCUUGCACUUGUGCAGGAGGAAAUGGAAGAGGCCAUGUCACCAUACAAGGAUAACAUGUUACAGAUGUUCCAUUACUCGUGUCCAAAAGUCCACUUCCUCUUUACUGUCUUGGCAGAGGAGACUUUCAAGUACAAAGAAGAUGAUUUCCGCCUGUGUGGUAUUGUGUUCACGCAGAGGAGAGUGACAGCUAUAAUUCUCUAUCAUUUAAUGAAGAUCGCAAUGGAGCACGACCAGAGGUUCGCCCAAGUGAAACCAGACGUAAUUCUCGGCUGCAACAAGAGCGUUUUUGGAACCAUGGAGUACGCGUGGGACUCGUCAAAGUUGAGAAAGAGCGUUGCCAGAUUCAACAAGGGCAUCACCAACCUGUGCUUUGCAACCAACGUGCUGGAGGAGGGGAUCGACAUCCCUCGCUGCAAUAUUGUUGUCCGAUUUGACAGGAUCACGACAAUGACUUCGUUCAUCCAGUCCAAAGGUCGCGCCCGAGACCAGAAAGCCACUUUCAUUGUGUUGGACGAUAACUGUGAAUUUGACCAAAAAUUGCCCCACUACAUGGAAAUUGAGAAAGUACUGAAAACGAUUCAAACAGAAUCCGAUGGAGCUGAAUCUCUGGAUUCAGAAAAACCUCUUUACAGGACAGUAAAUGGCGCUAUUGUUACCUUGCAAAAUUCGACCCGAUUGCUUUUAAGGUACUGCGCCUCGUUGACCAGAAGGAGGCUUGCCGGUUGCGAACCGCACUGGUUUUUCAAAUCCGGACCGGAUAAAACUGUCCAGGUCUCUCUUGUUUUACCUGCAGGAUCACCACACAGAAAUCCUAUCAAAGGCGCCUGGCUUAAAACCCUGAAACAAGCCAAGUCUUCGUGCUGUGUGGAGGUCUUAAAGUUGCUUCACUCCAGUGACGAACUCGACGAUUGGCUUUUGCCAAAACGAAGAACCAUAGAGAUUGCCGAGUUAAACAGCAAGGAGGUGUUCAAGCAUUACAAAGGCAAUGACGAAGGUGGUCAAGCGUCUGAUGGAGCUGGAAACUUGCGCAUCCACCCGAUUCUGUUUCCAGAAACGCUUCGAGACAUCGCCCCAGUUGCCGGGAAAGAGGUGUAUUUACAUUUGCUCAACUUUGAGCCAGGCUUUGGCUGUCCAGUUAGCAACGAGCAAAGAGGCUAUCUUUUCGAUGUGACGAAAAGCAAGACGCAUGGGCUGGCGUUUUUGACUUCAAAGCCUUGGCCACGGUUGUGCAAAUUUCCGGUCUACCCCAACUAUGGAGAGAUCACAGUGGAGGUCGUGACAAAUGCGGACACCAUCAAGCUGAGCCAAGAAGAGUUGGAGAAAGUACGACAGUUCAACCAGAUGCUUUUUGAGCAAAUCCUGGAGCUCAAGCACAACUUCCUGUAUUUAAACUACGAAAGUGGCAAUUGCAACAUGCUUGUGGCGCCUACUCAUCAGAAGGUUCAAGGGGGAAUCGCGAAGACAGUGAUCGACUGGUCAGUGUUGCGAUCUGAAAUAGGAGUUGACUUGAAUUGCUUAGAAGUGUGUCGUAAAGACGGCAGCCAAAGUUUGCUGGGAAGAGUCAUAGUGGCUACGCACAAAGAAGACAAAAAGGACAAGCCAGCAAACUCAUGGAAAUACAUUGUGACCAAAGUGAGGGAUGACAUGAGUCCUCUGUCAGCAUUUGAGGACAAUGGAGCAUACAAAGACUAUGCUCAAUACUUCAAGGACAAGUAUGAGAAAAUAGUGACUGACAAGCAGCCUUUGUUGGCAGUUCGGCCCAUUUCUUUGAAACUGAAUAUGCUGACGCAGGGGAGGGACAAUGCUACGCCAAGAAAGUGCUCCCGCACGUUUUUGAUCCCUGAGUUAUGUUCAAUUGUUGCCAUCAACCAAAUUUUCAGCUCCAAGUUGUGGCUGAAAGCAUGCAUGAUGCCCGCAGUGAUUAACAGGAUUUGCUGGCUGCUCACAGCGGACGAGUUUCGCCGAACCAUCAAUAAAGAGACUAAGAUCGGUGUUGAAGAACUGCCAGAAGGAAUGUCUUGGGAGCCUAUGGAUGUGAAAACAUUUGAUAUCAAGUAUGUCACACUUCCAAAAGCGAACAAGUUUCGAAAAAGCCAGUGGAAGCCCCACUUCAACAAGAACAAGAUCAAAGAAGAGGAUGGAAGCCAUCUGAUAGAUUUUCAUUACAACCUGCUCACAGUCACUGACAAUCAAAUCGAAGCUUACGCAGAGCUUGCAAGCAAAACUCUUGAAACAUCGCUGGUCAAUUCUCAGGGUGCUUUCAUGGAAAGGGACAACCAAAUAGAAGUGAAGCCACUGAGUUUCCUUACGGUGAGAAGCGACAUUGGGCCUCAGCUUCACUGCAUCUACAAGGCAUUAGCAACCACCUCUGCCAACGACGCCGUGGACAUGGAAAGGUUGGAGAUUCUUGGCGACUCCUAUCUCAAAUACGCAAGCGCUGUGUAUUUGUAUGAAACGCACGACAACUUCUCCGAGGGAGCCAUGACCGAGAUCAAAUCGAAGAUUGUUGGCAACAGGAAUCUCUAUUACUGUGCCUUGAAGAAAGACAUCCAGCGAUUUGUCCACACGCACAGAUUCAGUCCGAGAACUGAAUGGAAGCCGCCCAAUUAUGAAGUGUCCGCUCAAGUGAAAGAAGCGGCUAAAAAGCAGAAUUUCAAGCAAAGUGCUUUGAUGGAGCAACUAGGCGUUGAAAUCCAUGAACCGACGCAUACCAAACACAUGCGUAGUUAUUAUUUGUUUGUUGAUAUGCACGAGUGCUCUGACAAGGCGUUGUCGGACACGGUUGAAGCCCUGAUUGGCGCCUAUGUGGAAAGCUGUGGCUAUGUCGCCGCUGCUGAUUUGUUGGCUUGGUUCGGCAUUGUGCCCGCUUCUCUCAAGUCCUUGUUGACCAAGCCACCUGUGUUCACUUUUUAUCAAGAUUGCUUGGACCCUGGAGUGGAACUGUCAUCAGAAAUUAAUCGUUUCGUACCAAAUAUGAAAAGGCUGGAAGAAGUGCUCGGAUACAAAUUCCAGAAUGCAGGCUAUUUGUUGGAAGCGCUCACCCACGCUUCUUGCAUGUCUAAUCAAAUUACGGCCAGCAACGAACGGAUGGAAUUCCUCGGAGACGCAGUGCUUGACUUCCUCACCACGUGCCACAUUUACGAACAUUGCGGCAACCUCUCUCCUGGGGUCGUGACUGACGUGCGCUCGUCCAUCGUGAACAACAACGUGUUCGGCUCGUUCGUGGUGCGCUACGGACUGCACACCUUCCUCUUGCACAAUUCGUCGCUUCUCUUUGGGUUCAUUGACAACUUUGUCGAGCAUCAGCAAAUGAACAACCAUGUCAUUGAUGACGAGUCCCUCUUUGCCAUCUCCGAAGACAACCACGUGAAAGUGGCCAAAUGCGUCGAGAUUCCCAAGGUGCUCGGCGACUUGUGGGAAAGCGUGGCAUGCGCGGUUUACUUGGACUCUGGAAAGGAUUUGGUUACGACCUGGAAUGUCUUCUAUCCCCUGAUGAAAAACGAAAUUGAUCGUUUUGUUGCCAAACCUCCCAUUCAGCCUUUCCGCUUGCUUCUGGAAACUUACGGAAACAAGAAUUGUACAUUCGAGGUUGUUGAUGCAACAGUAGAAAAGCACAUGGUGCGCUUGACUGUGAAGUAUGGCCCAAACAUCUACACCUGUCACGGAAUGGGUGGAAGCCUCAGAUACGCCAGAAACGCCGCCUCUAAGUAUAUGCUGAAAAUUAUCGAGGCGGACACUUCAAAUGAGACCAACCAGAAAGCAUAAAAUUUUGAUUCAAGACUGGUUAAGCAACGAAAUUGCAAUAAGCAUUCUCCUGCAGAAGCAGUAUAUUACCUGUUGAAUGUUUUAUAUCUUUGCGACAGCAGUUAUAUUUUAUGAACUCUGACCACAAAUGAUUUUAUGCUUUAGCUGAAUAUUUUUAAAGGUUUCGACAUUUUUCUGUGUUUAUAUUUUUGUAAGAGACUGAAACACUCAAAUAAUGAUAACUGUCGCACAUCUCAUUACGUGCUAUGAAAUUUUAAACGAAAGACAAUAAAUAAGGGUGAUAAUUCAGAAGAAGU